CGGUGAUAAAAAUUAAACGAUAACUAUUAUUAUUGUUAAUUUUAUUGUAAACAAAAAACCACAAGUGCAGCAAAUUAUUUUACAAUUUGUAUAGGUAAAUAUUCAGUACUAGACACGAGUAGUAAUUGACUACGACGAAUAAGUCAUUAUUAUUGCUCAAGUGAAACCUGAAGUAUCAAAACAAAAUGGUUCACUUACACCACACGAAAAAUUACGAAGAAUUUACAACACUGAUGAAAAAAUUGGACGAUGCCAAUCAAAAAUCAUAUGUCGUGUUCACAGGAACUCCCAACGAAACCGGAAAGAGUUGGUGUUCGGAUUGUGUUCUAGCUGAACCAGUAAUCCAGAAUCAAAUCGAGCUUAAUGAACAAUUAUUGAAAGACGUCAAUCUAGUGUAUGCAUAUGCAGGAAAACGAGAAGAGUGGAAAAAUUGUCCUGGAAAUCCUUUUAAAACAGACAAAAGAAUAAGAUUGCAAUUUUUGCCAACGAUAAUAAAAUGGGGUACGCUGCAUAAACUUCAAGUAGAGGAAUGUUUGAAACCGGACUUGGUUAAUAUGCUGUUUGAAGAUUCCGAUGAUUAGCUAUUAAUAAUAACGUUUUCCUAAAUAAUAAUAAUGGCAUCAGAUCAUUUAUGUAUAUAAAAGUCUGUCGGGCACAGCCAAUGCUAUAAUUAUUGUUAAAUAUUUAUCUUUACAAUAUUGUCAGAUGAUAAUAUUUACUAGGUAAUUUAUUAUUAUUUCAGUUAAGUUCUAUAAGACGGUAUUUAUCCUAAAUGAAAAUUAUUAUUAAUAUAUUACUGUAAUAACGUAAUACGAUAUACAAUAUAACUUGAAUAAUUUUGAUUUGA